CUCUGAUCGACUUCCAGGUUGUAUACAAAUACCCCACGUCGCCACCCUCUUUCCUUCAUUUCCUUUAAAUUCCCCUCAGGUCCCUCUCCCUUCCAUCUUCUUCUUCUUCAUCUUCAUUUCAAUCUGCUAUGGAUUCUUGCAGCAAAUCAUCUGCUCCUGAUUCUUCUUCUUCUCCCUUCGACUGCCUCAUUUUCGAUUUGGACGACACUCUGUAUCCAACCACCACUGGAAUCGGUGAAGCUCUCAAGAAAAAUAUUGAAGUUUUCCUGGUGGAAAAAUGUGGAUUCCCACAGAGCAAAGCUUCAAGCCUCCGCGCUGAACUUUUCAGAACAUACGGAAGCACCCUUGCUGGUUUGCGAGUAGCACUGGGCUAUGACAUCACUGCAGAAGAUUACCACAGUUUCGUGCACGGAAGGUUGCCUUACGAGUCCAUCAAACCCGACAUUCAGCUGCACAAACUCCUUUGCAGCAUCAAACAGAGGAAAAUUAUAUUCACAAAUUCGGAUAGAAUUCACGCGAUGAAGGUGUUAAAUCGACUCGGGAUAAGCGACUGCUUUCAGCAGAUUAUAUGCUUCGAGACUAUGAACCCGAAUCUUUGCAACUCAACCAGACCCGACGAGCUUCCCGUGCUCCUAAAGCCGUCGCCGGAGGCCAUGAAGACCGCGCUCCGUGCCGCCAAAGUGGAUCCUCGUCGAACGCUGUUUCUGGACGACAAUGCGAAUAACGUCGCGGCGGGGAAAGCAAUGGGCCUCCACACCGUGCUGGUUGGGAAGAGAAUAAGAAGCAAAGAAGCAGACUACGCAGUGGAGAAUGUGAAUGAAGUGGCACAGUUGAUUCCUGAAUUAUGGUGGGGAUGCGAAUCUGACGGUCAAGAUGUAAGGACAACCCCAACUCCCAAGACUGAACUCGAUUCUAUCAUCACAACGACAACAACGGCAGCCGUUGGAGCUUGAAACAAUAAAAACAGUACAUAUGUGAUGUUCACAACAUUGAAAAUGUGUGCGCCCUGACCGUCACAACAAAAAUGUACAAAGAAUAAACAAAAUAGUUGUAAUAAAUUGUGUGCGCGUGUGGGGGUGUGUUGUGGCCAUGGUGGGAAAAUGACCGUGGAGUCAAAUAAAUUAUAUUAGAAGCAUUAUUAUUAAUUAAUCUCAACCAACAAUAAGAGGUAAGUAUUGAGAUUGAGAUUGAGAAAAAUCUUAAAGAAUAUUAAGUAUAAGUGAUUUUUUGUUACAGAGAUUAGACAAUCUCAUGUAAGUGGGAUUAGAAAAUACUAUCGCAUUCCUAUAGUAUUUCCCAAUCCUACAUAUAUAGAUUUGUCUAAUCCUAAAUAAUAAACAAUUACUUAUAUUAAUCACUCUUUUAACAUAUUUGUUCAGUCUCUAUUCUAAUUCUUACCCUUAUUUUUAAUACUUCGCAUCAAAAGGGACAUAAGAUUAUGAUAGUGUUGGGGCCAAUGGCCUUCAUUCGUAUUCACCACUGCUUAUGUACAAGGUAAUUUAAAUUUCUCACAACUCUUGUAAUUUAAUACAUUCUCUUUU